GUUUUGUUCUAUUUUUAUUUUUGCUUUUAUUUUACCUCUAUUUUACUUUUAAUUUGCCUCGCUCAAUUUUGCACACUUUCCUAAUAUUGUUGCCUAACCUUUUCAAUUCCCUGUAAUCAACACACUCGUGCCAUGGCUGGAGGAUACACGACUAGGAUCACCACUUCUGAUCCCAGAUACUACUACGAUCAGCGCGCCACCCAGACCAGCCACAUACCGACGCCCCGCAUACUCGACCGCUACGCUAACACUCAGCGAAUGGUUGUUGCACUGCCCAGUACUGGAAGCGAUACCGAUACUGAUACCGAUCACGAAGUUGUCAGCGAGCACGACGAGCAGGAAUACGAGUUUUCAAACCACAGAUACGGCGCGGCCGCGCCAAUACAGAUAAAUGCACCCCGUUCUUCAGGACCUCGCAGAGGACGCGCACACAGGCGCGAAGAUGAACCAAACACAAGCAUUAUUGCAUUCCGCGAAUUCACUAACAGCAAGCGCGCGGGCACAACCGAUAUUGCACUGACGGCGAUGCUGCGGGCGUGGCAUGCGAUGGCCCAGGAUUCGCGUAGGAAACGCGAAGAGCUCAGCCGGAUGUGGGCUGCUGGGCUUGUAUUUUACCGGAGAAGCCUCGUCAAGCGCGCUAUUGGCCAUUGGCGCGAGGCUGCGAAUGCGGCGCUGAUGCCGACGGGCAGCGACUAUGAGCGGGUGCAGAUGAAACUGGCCAGCAUGCACUACCGAAAGCAGCUUCUGGGUCGCGUAGUCGACCAGCUUUACCAUAUUCAGGAUGUCCAACAAAGGUUCGAGGAGUGGGAGGGCGAGAGAAAUUAUCGGCUCGUCGUUCACAGCAUGGGCAGGUGGUACCGGCAUUGGAUGCUCAGGCGCCGGGAGGCGCUUGGACUGGCGGCCAAGCAGGUUGAGAUAGAUCUCAGGAGGAGCGCUCUCAGAAGGGCCAUGGAUCGCUGGCGCACAGGCCUGCAGAUCAAGGUUUCGUUUUCCCAUGUCCAGGCGAAGCAAGAGACUCGGUUACUCAAAGAGUGUCUGCACAUAUGGGCUGCGCAGCGUGCUGUGAGUGAGUUUGCGCGGGAGCAGCGGCGGGUUGAAAAGUCCAACCCAGCCAGGGAGCUAUUGGUGCGGCGGAAGGAUGCGGCGGACUCACAGAGCCACCAGCAGACCGCUGAUAUCGACAGCAAUAUCAAUCGCGAGAAGCUGUACCGCUUGUUUGCCGGGUGGCAUGCCGUUACCAUGGAUGCCGCCAAGGCCAAGCAGCAGGCUGCCGAUUUCCACGCGCGCACGCUGAGAGGGCAUGCACUGAGGGACAUGUCACAGCAGCAGCAGCAGGGUAUUUUGCAGCUGGACGAAAUGGCGGAUGCUUUCUACAGUUUCCGUCGCUUGCUUCAGUGCUUCACAAGCUGGCGUCGCGUUAUCAGGGACCGCAGGGAGCAUUUGCUCCAAACACGUGCAGCUCAAGAUGUUGUCCGCCAGCACGAUCACAGGCGCCGCCGCGUGCUAAUACAGGCAUGGCGCAGGUCUGCAGAGAAGGCGCAUCGGGACGAGGAGCGCGCUGACGCAUUCAUUGCCGCUCACCAGCGGCUAAUGCUAAUCUGUAUGCUGCGGGCAUGGUUGAGCCAGGUUUAUGCUUUUGGGUUUGCUCAGCAGCGCGCCACCAACGCACAGUCGGUAUUCGCCAGGUCGGCGGCAGCCAACCGUGCAAAUACGCAGAACAUGUCUCUGAUCGUGCGACCGAGAGCCAGCAGCACGUGCGACCGAUCGAUCAGCGUCCAGGGCGGGAGUAUUGGGUCGUCUACUCAAGCGAGGUCCGUGGAGACGCAGGAGUUGCUGCGCCGGGUCAGGGAUGCUGAGACUAAGGCUGAGCUGUACAAGCGGCGCUGGGUCGACGCCAACAGGCCUUCAGCCGACGCGGUCUCCCGUGAUUCGGGCCUGGGAUGGCGGGGACGGCACACGCGAGAAGCGAGGGAGAACGGGCCCCUGGACAUGGACUGCACUGCCCUGGAUAUCGAGGCCGUUGUGUUUGAGCGCAGACACCUUUUGCUUGACGUAUUCUGUACUUGGCGCAAGGCCACAGCUAGCAGCAUAGUUUCCAAUCGGGCGAGGGAGAUGCAGAAGCGGGCGUGCGAAGAGGCACUUGUCAAAAUCCAGAAUGACACAAGACGCCGUGCUUUUUGCUGGUGGCGCCAGCAGCUGAAGGAGUGGCGGCAACUGAACCAUGUGGCGGAUGCCAAGUAUGAAUCACGGCUUUUGCGCGAGUGCGUGUUCAAGAUGCACAACGAACGCUGCGAGCGGGUGCUUUUGAUCGAACAGGCGGACGAUUUUUACCAGAGGCAUCUGAUGACGGACACACUUACAGACCUUAUGAAUGCCUACUUUGAAAUCAUUAUGAUUAGCUCGACCGGCGAUUCCUUACCUGGCGAACAGGAGCCCGUGAAGCUGGUUGUCGAUGAUGAUGAUGAGCACGAAGAGCAUAACCAAAACCUUGACGACAUUUACGCCCAGGAGUUUGGUAGUGAUCUUUCUCAUGAAGUCGACGGUAGCUACUCUCAGGACGGCGAUGACGAAUACGCGAUAGACAACGACGGUACUAUCCGUCUCGUCGCGAAAGAUAUUUCCGAUGAAGAGUCAGUUGAUGACGACAGGAGCGACCAGGAGCUGUUGUGUUGCUUUGAUGCCUGGCGGCAAGUGGCCGCCAGUAUGCACGGCGUUCGGGACACUGUUAUCCAGAGCCUCCCCGUAUCUCUCCGGCACAAGGCUAUUGCCAGGGGGUCCGCCACCAGCGACUUUGAGUGGGAACUCGUUCAUUCGGCGCAGCUGUUGGGCCAGUGCUUCAACCACUGGCGACAAAGAGGGUAUGCUGGGAGGGAAGUCCAGCAGCAGCAGCAACAGUGGCCGCAGCAGCUGGCCAUCAGCGCAAUGCCCGCGCAUGUCAGAGACUAUGUCAACCGUAUGCCAACUAUCAUUGAUGCCAGUGACGAAGACUCGGAGGACGACGGGCCGCGUGGCGAGGAGCUGCGCUCUAUUGAGGAGGGUGUGGCCGCCAGCGCUGCCAGGAGAGUGCAGCGCACUGCGCUGCAUCGCUGGCUGGUGCUUAACAGGGGCAAGCUGUUUGCCGAUGAACUUGUAGGGCGCAGGAUCGGCGAGGUGAUGGCAAUCAUUAUUGAGCGCAACGAAUUGGCCAAGCUUGCGCGCGAUGCUGCAUAUCAGACCGAUGCCGCGCUGGUCCGCGGCUGUCUCCUGAAGUGGAUCGACAUGGUCAAGGCCAAGCGUGCUCACAAAUAUCGCCGCAAGCUGUACAUGAAGGCCAUUGCUUUCCGGUGGGAGAAGCAGGCGCGCAGGUCGCUGUUGACAUGGAUGCAGGAGUCGAGCGACCUGCGGAUCAUGGCCAGGGUGGCGCAGAGAGCCGGUAGCCAGAGAGAAGUGCGGCUGGCGGAGAUUGCAGACCGGUGGUCGGAAGCCCAGCUGGUUAAAAAUGCGCUCAACUCACUGCGCAUGACUGCGGGUCAGCAGGCAGUGGUCCGUGGCAUGGGCAUGCGCUUUGCCGUUGCAUGGAACAAUGCCAAUGUUUGGCGCAAAACGCUACACACUUGGCAUGAACGCGUCGCUCCCGACAAUGCAGCACCUUUGCCCAUUUAUAGCAGCAGCUAGUUCUCUUGUCUUAACUAAUCUAAAUACUUGAGU